UGUCGCCUUGUGCUGUUAUCAGGCUUCGUCAACCCGUGGAGUGAUCCGUUUCAACCAUGGAUGAGACACGUAAAGCUGGCCUGUCAAUCGUGGACCUCCAAGUCACAACGUCAGGCAUAACUUAAACCGUGCAAUUUCUGCAGGCCUGGAAUGCCACGCGGCCUCGCUCCUUCAUUUCUCCUUGUUGGGCGGUGCUUAGCAAUGGUGGCGAUCAGCCUCUCGGGAAUCCUUGAUAUCAUGGAUCGACACCACCUUCCUCUUCCAGCGCAGGGUCUUCACGGAGAACCCCCUUGCGUGGCUCUCUAUUCGCGCGUUGCCGUUCCGCGAGUGCCCCCUCCUUCAAUCUCUGCGCCCUGGUUGAUUCCCCGGUCCCACCCAGGUCCCCAAACCAUCCAGACCCCCAGUUCAGCGUCUGACGGAGCGAAAUCCACCUCUCAGCAUCUGCCUGCCACCUUAGGUAAUGAGCAACAAUGCAUCGCUCAUCGACAUCUUUAUCUUCCCCACCACAGAUAUUGCCAAUUUCAUUCCUUUGCCACUGAUUCGCGUGAGGCUCAAUCUUCUGACGACGUGUGAUAAUGCGGUGCAGGUGUAUGCGUGUCAUGUCUCAGGGUCUCAAGGUCUCAAAAUUCCGUCGUGAAUCUAACUCUCAGCUAUCCAAGUCAGCUAUCUGUGUAGUUAUG